AUGACGACUUCACGGUAAGCUUACCUGACCAGACGAGACGCACGUCUGAGACACACAGACACAGACAGACAACCCCACGCUAGGCCUGCCUACCCACUGACACUCUGCACGUGACACCCAGACUCGACCGAUUGGUCACCUUGCUUGAGACGGGUAGCACCCAGCUCAUUCGUAAUACCGCCGCCGAGCAGCUUGCGGACGUGCAGAAGAACCACCCGGACGACCUCUUUAAUCUCCUCUCUCGCGUCGUCCCUUACCUGCGAUCCAAGCAAUGGGACACGAGGGCUGCCGCUGCCAAGGCCAUCGGCGGCAUCGUCAAGAACGCCGACAGAUUCGACCCUAAUGCCACUCUUGACGACGACGACAUCAGACCAGAGACCAACGGAAAGCACGAGGCCGAGGUCAAGUCGGAGCCGCUCCCGCAGCCUCCCGCCCCCGAUCAACUCCAGCUGGCCACCUUGGACGUCGAGUCAAUCCUGGCCUACGGCAAGGAACUGCUGGGCAGCGCUGGAAAGCAAUAUGACUUCAGGCUGGCGGGACUCACCUCCUCAGAGCGACUGGCGGCGCAGAAGAAAACCCUGACUGCUCGUCUGGGUCUCGGUGGGGAGUAUAUCGAAGAGGACCUUGUCACAGAGAGAGACAUUGCCGUGCGCUCUUCUUCCUUCUCCUCCGCACCCCACUUGCCCAGACUGGAGACAGAUGGUAGCAGAGGUGGUGAGGAUUCGCUUGUGAAAUCACCCGAUGAGGCGCCUCCCCAAACCCCUGCAGCAGGCGAGAUGAGCAAGCGUCAACUUAACAUGUUGAAGCGCCGACGUAAGGAGGAGCUCAAACGAGACAACAAGAAAUUCAAAUACGACUUCGCCGUUCGACCUGGCAGCACCAGCGUCGCGCAAACACCCGUAGACGACGUCAAGCAGGAAAUCAAACAAGAGGGCGAUGGGAAUGGCAAUGCCGACUACUUCUCACUUGAGCGCAAAGGCGCCGAUGACGAUUCCAAGGUCGUAGCGGAAUUCAAAGGCGCGCCUGUUCCUGAGAAAUCAGCUCUCGUUAAUGAAGCCGAGGAGGAGGGAAGAGAUUGGCCAUUUGAGCGACUCUGCGAGUACCUUUCUGUCGAUCUAUUCGAUCCGGAGUGGGAGAUUCGACACGGAGCAACUAUGGGUCUUCGCGAGAUCAUUCGUGUCCAUGGCGCUGGCGCCGGAAGACAUGCUGGCAAGACCAAGGAAGAGAAUGACCAACUCAACUGCGCUUGGCUCGAAGAUCUCGCUUGCCGCAUCUGUUGCGUGUUCAUGCUGGACCGCUUUGCGGACUACGUCUCUGACACUGCAGUUGCGCCCAUUCGUGAGACCGCCGGUCAAGUCCUUGCCGGAGUAUUGCAAUAUCUGCCGGCCUCUUCGGUACAUGACAUCAAUCGUAUCUUGUAUCGUCUGGUCAUGCAGAAAGAUCUCAAAGUUUCCAGGCGCAUCUGGCAUGCGUGUCACGGAGGCAUGAUCGGAAUGCGAUACCUCGUCGCCAUUCGCACUGAUCUGCUGUUGCAAGACCGAUCAUUGAUGGACGGCGUUCUGGAAUGCGUCAUCAAGGGGCUUACAGACCAAGACGACGACGUACGUUCUGUCAGUGCUGCGACACUAAUACCUGUCGCUCAAGAGUUCGUCAAUGUGCGCGUUGAUGAGCUGAACCACCUGAUUAGCGUGGUUUGGGAGUGCUUGUCAAGUCUGUCCGACGAUCUCAGUGCCAGUACAGGCCCGGUGAUGGACCUUUUGGCCAAGCUCUGCAGCUUUCCCGAAGUGCUGGCCGCAAUGAAGAAGAACGCCGCCGAAGAUCCACAGCAAUCGUUCGAGGAGCUGGUUCCGAGGCUCUUCUCAUUCCUGCGCCAUACUAUCAAAUCCGUGCGAACCGCCGUUCUGCGUGCCCUCUUGACUUUCAUCAGUAUUGACGGCUCGGAUACCAAGGGGUGGAUCAACGGUAAAGCUCUGCGUCUCGUCUACCAGAAUCUACUGGUCGAGCGGAUCGAUGAAGUGCAGAAGCUCUCACUUGACGUGUGGGAUGCGCUUUCUUCCGCUUUGGCGCAACAAGGUCCGCGCGCGUUCGAGUCUGCGUUCACGCCUCACGCAGCCUCGCUCAUGGCUUUGACCGUCCAUCCAGUCGGCGUUAGCCGUCACCCAAUACCAAUGGAUUCCACCUUGUUCGUGAAGCCUUCUGGACAGACAUAUGCGCCACUAGCAACCGCUCAUCGCCAAUCUCCUGCCAACGGAACCGAGCAUGGGAAGAAACGUCGGCGUUCGGACAAGAAAGAGAACUCUGUGCCUCCUCCAACCUCGACCUCAACCUCCCAUAAUAUUGAUGCUGCCAUCAUGCAGGGCGAUGUGGAUCUCGUUGGAAUGGAAGUCAUGGUUCGCAGUCGAAUCUUCGCUACGAGAGCAUUGGGCAAAGCGAUGGCUCUCUACCCAGCUGAGGAGCGCCAUCCUUUCUUUGGAUCGAAGCUCUUGCCCAACCUCAGAUCGCCGUAUGGAACAACCCAGCUCUUCACAGCCAUGGCGUUCGAGGGCUAUGCAUCCUCUAUCGCCGAGCACGAGCCCCUGGUGGAUGCUGCAUGCGCCGAGCUUCGAUCGCUGGUCGAGGACGAAAGACCAGGCUCUUACAAUGACUUGAACAGCUAUCUCAGGAUUGCUCGUGCGCAGUGCCAGCAGUUACUCAAUGCCUUCCAGGAGAGCGGACACGUACCUGGCAACAAGCUGCCAAUCAUCGCGGCGGUUUGUCAAGGCGAGGAAGGCGCAGGCAAGAAUGCGUUCUCUAUUCCUGAUGCUGAAAAGCUUGUGACUCAAGACUUUGACCGUCUGAAGAAGGGGCUCUCCACCGUGCAGCGGAUGGCUGCUGCUGAAGCACUUAACACCGCCAAGCUGGAUGCAGUGACGGCUGUCAACGAUGCCAAGGUUGCCAAAGCGCAGGCUGACCUCAGAGUCGUGUCUACAGCAGCCGCAGGUCUCGUGGCUUUCCGCGCUGUUCCCAAGAAAUCCCAAGCCACCAUCAAGGCGCUGAUGGACAGCGUCAAGGAAGAGGAAAACUCCGAUUUGCAGCACAGGACCGCCGGCGCGGUCGCCGGCCUCAUCAGCCAGCUUGUCGCCAGCGGGCGGCAAAAGGUGGUCGAGAAAGUCGUUGGCAAUCUUGUCAAGUUCUGCUGCAUGGAGGUCGGCGAGACUCCGGAGUUCCAUCCGAAUGCCGACAAGGAGGUCGGAAUCUUGUCUCUUCAAAAAGACGAGGAUAUACAGGAUCGUCCAGAUGCCGCCCAGCACGAACGUGAAGUCAAAGCUGCACGCAUCACUCGACGCGGCGCAAAGGACGCGUUGGAACAGCUUUGCCAGACGUUUGGUGCUGAGCUUUUCAUCAAAGUCCCGAAACUGCAAGCCGUCAUCGAGGGACCUAUUCGCGAAUGCUUCACUGACCAACUACCCGCUAGCAUCCAGGAUCCGGAAACAACUCUUGGUCAAGAGGCUGUCGAUGCCAUGUCAACGCUGCGCGCGCUGGUGGCUACCUUUGAUCCUUCUCUUCAUUCUUGGGUCCUCCAGCUGCUUCCUUUCAUCGGGAGGGCGCUCCAAUGUCGACUAGCUGUUUUGCGAUACACUGCAGCCAAGUGUUUUGCCAGUAUCUGCAGUGUCAUCACUGUGCAAGGGUUCACAAUGCUGGUCGAGCAAGUCAUACCACCAAUCAACAAUGCUCAUGAAGUCGUUCAGCGACAAGGCGCGAUCGAAUGCAUCUAUCACCUCAUCCAGGUCAUGGGCGACGGUAUUCUGCCCUAUGUUAUUUUCCUGCUCGUACCUGUCCUAGGCCGAAUGAGCGAUUCUGAUGGGGGCGUGCGACUGAUUGCAACUACUGCUUUCGCAACGCUGGUCAAGCUGGUGCCACUGGAAGCUGGAAUUCCUGAUCCCCCGGGUCUUCCUCAGACGCUCUUGGAGGGGAGGGACAGAGAGCGGAAGUUCAUAGCACAGAUGCUCGACCCGAAGAAAGUGGAACCCUUCCACAUCCCUGUCACGAUCAAGGCAGAACUGCGUUCGUAUCAGCAAGAGGGCGUCAACUGGCUGGCUUUCCUCAAUCGUUAUCACCUUCACGGCGUGCUUUGCGACGACAUGGGGCUCGGCAAGACGCUCCAAACCCUGUGCAUGGUUGCAAGUGACCACCAUAUGCGCGCGGAGGAGUUCGCGAAGACACAAGCUCCCGAUGUUAGGCGUCUGCCUUCCCUUAUUGUCUGUCCUCCAACUCUCACAGGACAUUGGAAGCAGGAGAUACGCACGUACGCAUCAUUUCUCAAUGCCGUCGCAUACGCCGGUCCUCCGGGAGAACGUAGCAAGGUGCGCGAUUUGAUGACUACUGCGGACAUUGUCAUUACUUCCUAUGAGAUCGCCAGGAAUGAUAUCGACAUAUUGAGUCCGAUUAAUUGGAAUUACUGUGUCUUGGAUGAGGGACACUUGAUCAAGAAUCCUAAAGCCAAGGUCACGCAAGCUGUGAAGCGCCUGGCAAGCAACCAUCGUCUCAUCCUUUCAGGCACACCUAUCCAGAACAAUGUGUUGGAGCUUUGGUCGCUGUUUGACUUCCUCAUGCCUGGCUUCUUAGGCACGGAAAAGGUGUUCCAAGAUCGAUUCGCAAAACCAAUCGCAGCUAGUCGAUUUGCCAAAUCGUCAUCUAGGGAACAAGAGGCUGGUGUACUCGCAAUAGAGGCGCUGCACAAGCAAGUUCUUCCAUUCUUGCUCCGUCGCCUCAAGGAGGAGGUACUGAAUGAUUUGCCGCCCAAGAUCCUUCAGAACUACUACUGCGACCUCAGCGAUCUGCAGAAGAGACUCUUCGACGACUUCACCAAGAAAGAGGCCAAGUCUCUUCAGGACAUGGCAGGCAGCCCGGACAAGGCGGCAAAGCAGCAUAUCUUCCAGGCCUUGCAAUACAUGCGCAAGCUCUGCAAUUCUCCGGCGAUGGUGAUGAAGGAAGGACACAAGCAGUAUGCUGCAAUCCAAUCUCUCCUUGCUAAGGAAAAUUCGAGUCUGAAGGAUCCUAAGCAUGCGCCGAAGCUCACGGCGCUGCGCGACUUACUCGUGGACUGUGCCAUCGGCGUCGAACAAACAGACGCUAGCGGGUUUCCCUCGGCAGAUGCGGCAGUCUCUCAGCACAGAGCUCUAAUUUUCUGCCAGAUGAAGGAAAUGCUGGACAUGGUGGAGGGGACGGUUCUCAAGAAGAUGCUGCCGGGAGUAACAUUCUCCCGCCUCGACGGCUCCGUGGAAGCGUCCAAGCGCCAAGAUAUUGUCAAUCGAUUCAAUUCGGAUCCAUCCAUCGACUGCCUCCUGCUCACCACGAGCGUCGGUGGUCUGGGUUUGAAUCUGACGGGUGCCGACACUGUCAUAUUCGUUGAGCACGAUUGGAACCCGCAAAAGGACUUACAAGCCAUGGACCGCGCACAUCGUAUUGGCCAAAAGAAGGUCGUCAACGUGUAUCGCCUGAUUACACGCGGCACGCUGGAAGAGAAGAUCCUCAAUCUCCAGCGCUUCAAGAUUGACGUCGCUUCCACUGUGGUCAAUCAACAGAACGCUGGCUUGGGCACCAUGGAGACAGACCAGAUUCUGGAUCUAUUCAAUCUUGGCGAGACUGAUCCGAAUCUGUCCAUCAGCGACAAGCCGGAUGCUAACGGGGUGGACGAGAACAACGCCGUUGACGCGGAGGGUAACAUGAGGGAAAAGGGCAAGAAGGGAAUUUUGGACGAGCUCAGUGAGCUCUGGGAUGACAAGCAGUAUGAGGAAGAAUUCAAUAUCGAUGGAUUCCUCAAGACGAUGAAAGCAUGA